AGAUAUAUUAAUCGGCUAACUGCUUGGAGCUAAGAUAUUCAGCUACCACAAUAUCCGUCAACUAAACCAAAACAAAAGUGGGGAUCUUCCAGAUAGCUCCUCCAACCCAACCCACAAUAAUAUGCGCUCCCCACAUCCUUCUCUCCCACUCCUUCCCCCGUUUUCUCUUUCUUUAUUCUCCUCUUAUUGAUCAGUAUGUCAGACUCAACAACGAUUUCCCGACGGAGUUCCUACCGGCCGGCGGCGACGACGGCGGGCAGCAGUGGUGGAACAUGGGAGGACGUGGCUGACCUUUGGCUAUGUGUACCCCAAUGAUUAAUCAUGAUGAUGAUGAAGGUAUUGGCGCGCCUCAAUCUUAAAGGCAUGGCUAGGGCUAGCUGUUAUUACCACCGAUGAUAUAUGUUGUUAAUUCAUUAGCCAUGUGAUUUUGAUUGAGCCGCGUCAAUAUCCUCCUCUUCCACUCCUUGAUUAUUCAUCUCUCUCUCUCUCUCUCUAUCUAGACUUUCAUUAUGAAUUUCUUGAAGGUAAGCUUUCUGAUUAAUUUCUUGGUUCUCAUGCUUAAACUAUGAAGAUUAUCAACUUAAUAAUGUAUGUCGGGAACUAAUCAUAACUGAGAUUUUUGCUGUGUAUUUAUAGCAAUUUUCUAGAGUUGGGAAUUAAGAUCAAGGUCUAGCUCGAUAAGAAACUGUUACAGGACCCGAUCGACAAUAGAAAAUCAUGUCAUUAUCAUAUAAUGGUGUAUUUUCUUGUAUUCAUCUGAUUAGGUUAAUUUGAUUUUUAUUCAACCCGUUCUUUCUCAACUUUCUAAAAGUUCGUGAAAUUUGAAUAAUGUGAACCGAAUCGUUGACGUCAUUUACAAGUCACGAUGAUAAUUGUCUCAUUAUGGCACAGAAAGAGAAGGGCACUCAUCUGUAUUCUGUAGUAUUGAACUGUUGAUAGAUGAGUUGUUUAAAAAAUAUAGCAAGUUGAUUCGGAAAAGGGAUUAGAAAUUAUGCAAUAAGAAAGUAGGUAAGAUGGGUGUUUUCUAGGUCGGCCAUUUAUAUGCAUAUUUCUUUUCGUAUAAAUGAGCACAACUGCCCUUAAUAGUUUUCAAUAAUCUUCUUCUCUCUAGAUGAGUCCCUGGUGGCCAUUUUGAAAGGGAUAGCUAAUCAAUAACCAAACAGCAUAUCUAUUUAGGUAGAAGGAAAUUUCGUUAGACACUGUAACUGAAUUAUUAUAGUCAUUAUUCAACAUUCAACUUACAAAAAGAAGCCUGUUGGUGAAGGAAAGCAAUCCUUGUCAGCGAUAGCUAGUUAGCUUGGGUUGGCGGUUUAGCUCAGUCGUGUAACAAUCAGAGCCUAUAAUCAAAGUGGUGGUAGCAAUUAAGCUCCAGUUCAUAUCUCUCUCUCUAGUGAUUCUCCACCGGAAUUUUUCUUUUUAGCAAUGAAUUAUCCACCACAUAUAUAUUGCGAAUGAAUGGAGCACUUCUACUAUGCUAUAUAGUAUUGGUGCUUUAAUGUACAACUUGAAGUUGUACCAUAACAUUAAAUGUAUAAGUUUAGGUUGUACCAUAAAAGAAUUUGUAUCAUUAUGUUAUGGUACAACUUUACAACUUGAAAUUGUACCAUCACAUAAGGUACAAGUUUAAGUUGUACCAUAAAAGAAUUUGUACAAAAAGUAUAGGUACGAUCUGAAAUUGUACCAUAACAUUAAAGGUACAAUUUCAAGUUGUACCAUAAAAGUAAAAACCUAUAGCACCAAUGCUAUAUAGCAUUGUAAAAUUCCUCGUAAAUGAUGUUUUCUUAAUUACAAAACGUGCAUAUAUGUGUUAACAAGCACCACAUCAUCACAAAUUAAGUGUGAUCAUUAGAAAGUAGUUAAGAUACCCAAAAAAAAAUAGUGAAGAAGCAACCUUUAACUAAUCAUUUUUUUACCCAUCUUUAUAUGUUUUGGCUUUUGGGCAUAUUUAACAAAUUUUGUGGAUGUAUAGACCAAAUUAUGCACACAACACAUUAUUUGACAUAAUUAGACAAUGCACUUAGGGAUGGUAGUUUUGACCUGACCCGAUUUACCCGACUUGUUUGGCCUAUUUUGGGUAGGUUCGACCCGCCCCGUAGGUGGGGCGGGUAUGGGUACCUCUCAUCGAUCCGACCUGUCCCGACCCGCCCCAUUCUUGACCGUUCCUGCCUAAAUUACAUGUAAUCUUAGUCAAAUUACUUAGGAUUUUCCUCUGAUUACUUCAUAUUUUAGCUAUAAUAAAGUUGUAAAGAAGUAAAAACCUCAAUUUCUCCAAUAACUUAACUACAUUUUAUCAUAUAAUGGUUUCUUUCUUGGUCUUUUAAUGAAAAUAAUGAUUAUUUCUAAUGUUUUUCGCAUAAAUUACAUACCCAUUGGGUCGACCUGCUCCGACCCGCGCCCCAUGAUAAAUUACUCGACCUGAACCCGACCUGCCACGGCGCAGGUAUGGGUAUCGAGAUACCCGCCACGGACCUGCCCCAUUGCCAUUACUAAAUGCACUUGACAUAUUAGUACAAUAUACUUGAUCCAUUGUAAAUAUGCGUAAUACAUGUUAUAAAUACACUUAGCAUUUAUUGAGUAGCAACUGUUGAGAAUAAUCUCAUUGAAUAUAUAUUGCGAAUAAUGUUAGCAUGUGUUGUGAAGAAUACGUGUACCAUCUUCAAUAUGCAUAUGUGUUACCCGUAAAAAAUACAUUUUGAAUUACAAGUACAAAAUAUAUUGAGAUCGGUGUUAGUUGAUGCAUAAAAAUAACAUAAGAGUAGCUUUUUUUAGUGAAAAUAAGAGUAGUAACUUGACAGACUUGCGAACCUGAUUACCCGAUCUUCCCAUCACAAGCAAAACAUUAACCUGGCUGAAUCAAUUUUUUGGGCGAUCAAGUGGAUCAGCAUCGCAGCUAGCCCCUAAGCUUCGGUGUCUGUUACGUUACGUGUGUUAUUUGCAUUAUUUGGUAAAAAGGAUCGCCUCUAUCUAAUGUUAUCCAAAUGGUUUCAUGCUUGAUUGUAGUACGUAGUUCAAUACGUAAUUCGUAACGAGAAGGUGUGGAUGUAUAUUGGUGAGACAGAUUUAGGAUCAUAAUGAACGAUAUUAUAUAACGAUUUCUUAUAAAAGAAACAUUCCUUAUCAGGGUGUGUUGGUUAAGACUUGAGAGGGUAUCACAAACGUUCAUCCCGCUCUAAGUUCAAAAUCAAGCUCUUGUUUGGCCAACUCAUGGUAGCUUUUGAGAUGCAAUUUUUUCAUAUAUUAAUAUCGUCUCAAACGAAAUUCAACUCAUGAAGUUUGAAGUUUGUAAAAAUCCGCCAUAUUGUGCGCUAAAGACAAGAAUCAAUAUUUCUAGAAUCGUGAGAAUUUAAACACAUGAGAGAGGACGAAUCUGAGGAUGUAGCUGCUGCUAUGAGAGAGGACGACCUCGACAAUGAGGUGCCGGAGGAUGAUGAUCCCCGCUUCCCAACGAUCCCCUUCACGGCAAUGGAGAAACAAAGGUGGAGAAGGGAAUGGCGUUCUGCUCUCAUCGUGAAGGUCUUAGGCCGCACGUUCCCGUUUCCAGUGAUCUCGAAACGCUUGGAAUCGUUGUGGGCUAAGUGUGGCAUGCUACAGAUUUCGAGUCUCUCCUACAGUUUCUAUGCUGUCAGAUUCACAAGUUAGGUGGACUACGAACAAGCUGCGGCCGGCGGGCCAUGGAUGAUUGGGGAGGUUGCCUCAACAAUGGUAUGGGCAAAACUUCCAAACCUGCCCCGCGAGUUUAUUAACAGUGAAGCAGUGGAACGCAUUGCAUCCAGAAUAGGGUGACCCAUAAGGGUUGAUCGUGCUACCCAGACUGGUGAUCGUGGACGGUUUUCUAGGGUCAGUGUGGAGGUUGACCUAACGAAGCCUCUGCUAUCCCAGUACAAGAUUGAAGGCAUCACCUAUUAUGUGGAGUUUGAGGGACUACAUAAUAUAUGCCUAGAGUGUGGACGAUACGGACACUCUAAGAAAGCUUGCCCAUCUCUUUUCCAUGCACCGCCCAUGGAUGAAGAGAGUUAGCACUACAAGAAAAUGAGUCUAUGGCAAGGGUUUGGUAGCAGGGGUUCAUGAAACCCCUGUUUGUGUUUCCUGAAACUCCCGUAGAUGCGGUAUAUUUCAGGGGUUGUGGAACCCUUGCUAGGGGAUUAAGUAAUUAAACCAUCAUUUCAUCUACUGGACAAAAAUAAUCUCAGUCCCAAAUCUAAAGAAACAAAUCCCUAGUCCAGUGCAACUUCCCACUUCCAUCUUCUAAUGCUUCUUCUUCUCCAUAGCACAAAAAUCCCUAGUCAGCAUGCGAGCUUUGCCGAUAGUGUCUCCGACGAAGCUGAUUCGACGGGCGGUUAACGAGCUCCAGCGUGCGAGCUUUGAUUCGAUGGGCGUUUUACGAACUCCAGCAUGCUAGCUUUGCCGAUAGCGUCUCCGAGGAAGCUGAUUUGAUGGGCGGUUAACGAACUCCAACAUGCAAGCUUUGCCGAUAGCAUCUCCGACGAAGCUGAUUCGAUGGGCGGUUAAUGAACUCUCUGGUAGCUGUUCGUGAAAUUUGAUAGAGAUUCAAAUCCCCGAUUGAAAUCAAUAGGUUAUUCUCUAUCAGUCUCUCUUAUAUUUUGAUCGGAAACAAUACUUCUUGUUGUGGUAGAUAGAACAUUCUGUCCAUGUAAGAGUAGAAGGUAGAAGUCAGAAGCAGCAGAAGACAAAGGAACAUGGAUUGGCUCUCCGGUGCCUUUUUUACUAUGGCGCUCGACGUAGACGCAACCAACAAAGGGACGAUGCUCUGCUUCUUCGUCUCCUCCCCUUCCAUGCCCAAAUCAAAUAAAAAGUCAUCCCCCCCUUAAUUUCACCUAUUACUCGUCUCCCUUAAUGCUUAUCCUUGCUAGUUGUACUCAGAUCCCUUAAAUUCUAGGAUUUUACAUUAUGUUCUGGUCUCUGAUUGCUUUAAUUUGUUUUCUAUAUAUAUAGAUCAGUUGUAGCAAAUCUAUCAGCAGAAACUACUAUAAGCCUGACCAUCUCUAGAAACAAGCCAAUUGGGCAUUGGGUAACAACUUCCCUUCCUCUCUAUCUAUCUAUCUAUCCUAUUGUUGUUAUUAUUAUGCACUUGGAAAUGUGGAGGAACCAACUUGUUUGGGAUAGGUUUUUUCAUACAGUUGAGAAGGCCAAGUACUUCUACAUUGCUGGAUUCUUCCUUACUGUGUCCCCUGACUCCAUCCAGCUUGUUGCUGAAUAUGCAGCCGCAACCAACAAGGUAUAUUGCUGCAUUAUUUCUCUUUCUGUGUUAAGAAACACUAAUUGUUUUGUUUGAUGAUGAAUACAAGUCUUGAAAAUGU